ACUGUUAUCUUGGUUAUUUUGAGUUGUUAUGUACAAAUGGACAGUUAUGAUAGACAAUGUAUACAAGAGUUUUAACUGUUCAGACUGAAUAUAGCCUGAGUAGAAAACUGUUCUUGUGUCUAGCUGUUCUGGUGUUCUGUAGGGCCGGCCAGAGGGUAACAGUUCAAAGAAAAGGUCAGCUGGGUGUUUGGGGUUCAAAGAAGCCCUUUUUCUCACUCUGGAGGUGUAAAGAUCUUCUCAGUCAUCCUUAACUGUAUGUUGUAGUCUCCUGAUGUCUGAUUUGGCAGCUGAACCAAACCAGACAGGUAUAAAUGAGCACAGGACAGACUCAAAGAUGGCGAAGUAGAACAUUAGUAGAAUAUUAACCUGCUUCAGCACUGAUAUUUCUCAACAUGUGUCUCUGAGUGUAUAAGAGCAGCAAUCCAUGAAAGAGACCAACAGUAGAGAUUAUUCCCAGAGAACAUGAGACUCUAUCUAACUGUCUUUGCGCUACUGGCCGCAGUUCACUGCGAGGAGCUCUUUAAUGGAGACCAAGUUCUCAGAAUCCAGGCAGAAUCUGAAGACCACAUUCAGGUUUUGAAGGAGCUGGAGAAGAAUGUGGAUUGGGGGCUGGAUUUCUGGACCCGUGGCUUCUCUACUGAACGGCCUGUUGAUUUCCGUGUACCUAACACCAGUCUGUGUGCCGUCAAAGACUUCCUCAGGGAAAACAACAUCACUUUCGCUGUCAUGAUAAACAAUGUGCAGGAACUUUUGGACAGGGAGAGAGCAGAAAUGGUUAGUAAUGCAGAGAUUAAAUACAAGACCAAGAGCUUCAACUUUGCUGCUUAUCACAACCUGGAGACUAUUUACAGUUUUAUGGACACCCUUGUUGCGAGUCACCCUAACCUGAUCUCUAAAGUGAAGAUUGGAAGCACUUAUGAGAACCGUUCCAUGUAUGCCCUGAAGUUCAGCACUGGUGGAGAGAAAAGGCCUGCAAUCUGGAUUGAUGCUGGAAUCCAUGCCAGGGAGUGGGUUUCUCAUGCCUCAGCAGUGUGGAUUGCUGACAGGAUUGCCACAGACUUUAAGCAAAACCGUGCCCCUGUGCCCAGUAUCCUUAGUAAAUUGGAUAUUUUCCUGAUGAUUGUUGCCAAUCCUGAUGGAUAUGUCUUCUCCCACAUCUCUCCCCGUCCAUUUCAUCGUUUGUGGCGUAAGAGUCGGUCUGUGACCUCUAACCCCAACUGCCCUGGUGUUGACCUCAACAGAAACUGGGAUGCUGAAUUUAGUGGUCCUGGAGGAAGCGAUGACCCCUGCAGGGAAGACUAUCGCGGUCCUUCUGCUCAAUCCGAGAUUGAAGUGAAAAACAUUGCGGACUUCAUCACGAGCCACGGCAACUUCAAAUCCUUCAUGACCCUCCAUGCUUACUCCCAGCUCUUAAUGUAUCCCUAUGCCUACAGCGGCACAAACGCUCCUGACCAGCCUGAACUGCAUGAUGUGGCCACACAAGCAAACAAAGCCCUCAAUUCUUGGCAUGGCACCAUUUAUAAAGUUGGAAGUAUCUUCCACACCAUCGAGCAAGCUAGUGGUGCAAGUGUUGACUGGGCUUACCAACGUGGCAUCAAAUAUUCCUUUGCUUUUGAGUUGCGUGACACUGGCAAAUAUGGAUUCUUCCUGCCUGCCGACCAGAUCGUUUCCACUGCAAGGGAAACAUGGUUGGCUCUCAGAUACAUUAUGCAAUAUGUUUGUGAUUUGUUAACUGAAAUAAAAUAAAAUAUACAAAAACUUAAA